AUGAAUUUCUUCGAAAGAAAAUCCGAAUCUUCCUCAUCCAGGACAGCGAGCGGCAGUCGAUCAUCCACGAGCACAACACCUCUUUCAAGCCGAGAACGGUCUGCGAGAAUCAGGAGGCUCCAAGAUCUCGCUUUGGCGUCGCUACCGGUUCGCGGUUUGUUUAUUGUGCUUUGGAUCCGGUCCGACCCUCCUGGGCCAAAUGACUUUCAUUGGGGGCUGUACUUUCACCGAUCAGGAACGGAUGGUGGUACCAAAUAUCACAUCACGAACCUCUCAAGAGGCUGGAUUAACGACCACGGAUCUACGAAAGGAGUCUUCAAAUCAAGCUUUCUAUGUGUGCUGAUCCAGAUCGCCACAAUUCCCUUACAGGCAGUGGUCCAGAUGGAUGGAAUUGCAAGAUCGAAAGACCGCGAGUUAAACCAGAUUCCUGGACUAACUUGUCGGGUGUGGGUAAUGCAGAUUAUAGCUAUACUCAGGGCGAACAGUCUGGUCAAAUGUGGCGAUAUAAAUGCGUUACAAAACGAAAUCUUUCAGAUUGGGAACCGUUAUCGCUUCGGUGCUAUCAACAACGAUCAGCCACGACCAGUCACACGAUCCCAAUUGUGCCAGCUAUAAGCAGCUCCGGGGGCCUGGGCGGCCAUUUGUCCUUACCAAUUGUAUUUAGCAAUCGUGCUUUGUUUACCCAAUCUAGAAGGCGAUGUAUGAAUCCACUGUUAAGUUGUUCAGAGCACGGUCGCAUUCCACUUGUUUCUGGUAUUGGUCGCCCCCAAGGUAGGUGGCGACCUGGUACCACCAACUGUUCCUCCCCCAUCUCAUCGCAGUACUAUGCUCCCAAUACUCUGGAUACCAGCCUCCAGAUUCCCAGUCCAGGAAGCCUGUGAGUUGGUUGUCGUCUCCCACGAGAAUGUUGUGUGCUUUGAGAUCUCCUUGCGUAAAAGUGAUGCGAUGUUCAAAACUGCGAAUCUCAUUCGCCAAUUGUAGGGUCGUUUCGAAGGCUUCCUUCGAGGGAAAGGCGUGCGAGGACUGAGGCUCAAACAAGAAGUCGUGCAUCUCCGCCUCUGUCUCAAAGGGACCCAUCUUGUGGAAAGGCACCCUCGUGCUCCAGAUAGUCGUACCCAGAGCUGAGCAGAUACGCUUCCCAUAGGGUGACUUCCACUUCCGCAUAGCGAUCAAGCAGGAGUGCAAUUGCGACAGCCACGGCUGCUCAAUCUCGGGGUGCAAUGGCUCAUUAUCAUUGUUGAGACAAAUCCCGGGCAACCUGGUCAUGAGAAUCGAAAAACGGCGAACAUGGUUCGGGUGGUCUCCGCAUGUCAAGACCAAAGGAACAGGCAUUCCAGCGGCGCGAGCCAUUUUCAUCGCGGCGACCUCCUCGAUGCUGGCACGAUCCGACCAUUUGAGAACAAGACCAAAGGGAAGCUGCAAUAUGUCCCGGUCGAAAGGGAUGUCGAACCAAGCGCAAUACUUUUCCGAGAACGGGUAUAGCAGUUCAUGAAGGGGAGCAAUCAUUCGGCGGAGGAAUUUGCCUGGUAGGUAGGGUAGAGGCGGAGUUGACUCGCUGAUACGGGGCUGAAUGGGUCGCGGCCAUGUGAAUUCGGGUCUGAAGAUGGACAGUAGGCCGCCCAUGCUUGGCAACCGGCAAAGUUCGCGACGAUGAGAUAGGCAAGUGUCGGAAUGAUGGAGAUGGGAAGACGCGAAUUUU